AUGGCAUCCUCGCCCAAAUAUUUGACCGGCGAUAAAGCCUCCAUCAAUGAGUUCAUUGACAAGUUUGACACAUUUCUGUUCGACUGCGAUGGUGUCCUUUGGUCUGGCGACCAUGUCUUCGACCGUGUUCCAGAGACCAUCAUGAUGCUGAAGGCCCGAGGUUCGUCUCCCCUCACCUCUCACCCAUCCUGCGCCUUCAACUCGUACUCAUCACCAUCAGGCAAACGCACCGUCUUUGUAACCAACAACUCCACCAAGUCCCGCGAGGACUACCUCCAAAAAAUAUCCAACCUCCACAUCCCCUGCGAGAAAGAAGACGUCUUUGGCUCAUCCUACUCCGCAGCCGUCUACAUCUCACGCAUCCUCAAACUACCCCCUGGGAAAACCAAAGUCUUUGCCAUUGGUGAGGCCGGCGUGGAGAAGGAACUCGCUGCCGAAGGAAUCCCGUGCCUCGGCGGCACCGAUCCCAAUUUUCGGAGGGACAUGACGCCCAAGGACUUCCAGGCCCUGGCUGACGGCACGGCCUUGGAUCCGGAAGUGGGCGUUGUGCUGUGCGGGCUAGAUUUCCACAUUAACUACUUGAAGCUCUCUACUGCGCUGCACUACUUGAGGCGUGGAGCUAUUUUCCUCGCCACGAAUACAGAUUCGACGCUUCCUAUGCAUCAUAGUUUCUUCAUGGGCGCAGGAUCUAUUAUGAUUCCGCUACAGUAUGCUAGCGGGACCAAGCCGUUGGAGCUGGGGAAACCUAGUCAGGCCAUGAUGGAUGCUGUUGAAGGCAAGUUUCAGCUGGAUCGCUCAAAGACUUGCAUGGUUGGCGAUCGUUUGAAUACGGAUAUCAAGUUUGGUAUCGACGGUAAAUUAGGCGGGACGCUGCAUGUUCUUACGGGUGUGCAUCAGAAGGAGGACUGGGAUAGAGAGGAUGCCGUGGCUGUUCCAGCGUAUUAUGCAGACAAGCUGAGUGAUCUUGCGGUGGUGGCUUAG